AUGGAAACUGAACCGUGGGAAGUGCUCGUGCACAAGAAGCAACUUGAAGAUGCUGCUAAGAUACCAACUGAAUGGCGCAUUUCGGAUGAACUGACUAAGUUAUCCGAGACAUCUGGCAUAAAUGUGCUUGAUGUUCCAUGCCAGUCGGGAAUCUUGUCAGCAAAACAACUCGAAAUAACCGAGAAAUAUGAUGCAACUGAUCUGCUGGACAAGAUUCAUCGUCAAGAGCUGUCUGCUUAUGAGGUCACUGAAGCAUUUUGCAUUCGCGCUGCGAUUGCACAGCAAGUGACUCGAUGCCUCACUGAGACUUUCUUUGAGCGUGCCUUGCAGCGCGCAAAGGAUUUGGAUGAGAUAUUAUCCAGAACAGGGACACUUGUUGGGCCGUUGCAUGGCUUGCCCAUUAGUUUCAAGGAUUGCUUCAACAUUGAUGGGGUUCCGUCUACGAUUGGAUUUACCUCGUUUAAGAUUUACCUCGUUUAUCAAAAAUGGGCCUGUCAGUUCAACUUCUCCCGCGGUUCAGAUUUUACUCAACUUGGGAGCCAUCCCGCCGCUGAUUCGCAUAACUACGUGUUCGGCCGCACACUCAAUCCUCAUCGAUCGAAUCUUACCGCUGGCGGGUCGACUGGGGGAGAAGGGGCGUUGAUUGCUAUGAGAGGUUCGGUGCUUGGCGUUGGUACAGACAUUGCGGGCUCCAUUCGAAUCCCAGCUAUCUGCAACGGGAUCUAUGCAUUGCGACCUUCCGCGGACCGCAUUCCGUAUGGGGGACAGACUAGCUCUGCUCGCGGGGGGCUGGCCGGGAUCAAGUCUUGCGCAGGGCCCUUAGCAACAUCAGUCAGAGAUCUGGAACUGUUCAUGAAGCUCGUGACCAAUGCAGACCCAUGGCAAUUUGAUUCUUCGGUUCUGUUUUCUCCAUGGCGCACCGUUGCCCCCAAGUCCGCCCUGCGACUCGGGCUCAUCCAGGAGGAUACCCAUUUCCCUCUGCAUCCACCAGUUUUACGAACUCUUACAAGUGCAACCGAAAAGCUUCGAGCAGCUGGGAACGAGAUCGUUCCUCUAAAUACUCUGCUCAUUCGAGAUGCCUGUGUGUUGGCGUUUCGCAUGUACUCGAUGGAUCCGGCUCGGACUCCGUUCAAGCACAUUGCUGCCAGUGGGGAACCAACCAUCCCUGCUUUGGCAUCGACAUCUCUGUACCAUAGCUACAUGCCAUAUGGAUAUUCCCCAUUGACACUUGAAGGGUUGUAUGACCUCAACGUGGAGCGCAAUUACAUCAAGGAAGAGUUCCGCAAUCUCGUUAUGCAGGCAAAAGUGGAUGCCAUUAUCAUGCCCGGCUAUCAAGGUACCGCUCAACCUCAUGACCUGUUUGGCUUUGUGCCCUACACUGUCCUUUGGAAUGUGAUGGAUUACCCGAGCUGCAUCAUCCCGCAUGGUAAGGCGAACAAGAGCGCCGACAAGGCAUUCAUUCGGAGUGUGAACUACAAACCUCCCUAUGUGGCGGAUGACAUUGAGGGAGCUCCGUGCUGCGUGCAGCUCGUUGGCAGAAACAUGCAUGAUGAGGAAUUGGUGAAAGCGGCGGAGCUUGUGUCCAAGACACUCGAGCUUUGA